AUUUACCGUACACGUAAUGGUUAAACCCUCGCGGACUCGCGGUUGGUUGCGUUAGUCAGUUUGUUUCGUGUAUGCUCACGAGAGUUGUUGGCACUUGUUUAAUGUCGCCGGGCCUAUCGCCACUACAAAGUUCAUCAUAAUUGUCCAUUAUCCCCACCCGGACAUAUUGUGUAAACGAAAAAAUAAUAAGUGUUAACUUGAUACUUGUGUUAAGGGUAACUACUCUUACUACGUCUUUUAUUGCUACCGUUUCUGUUGCUGGUUGCUGCUGCUGAUGCUGAUAUUAAAGAGUGAGUGAACAUCUCGUGGCGCCCCGCGGUGUUUUUCGACGAGAAACUGUCCAUAACCUACGCGAACCGGCAAAAAGGAGAGACUUCUGUUUCGUUGAUCGCGAAAUGCCAUUGCAAUUUUUAAUCAUACAGUGACUAAUUGUUUAUCUGAUGACAAUAACUACACUCACUUUAUGCGCUUUCCUCUACAAAUAACAGAGAUAAUCCUGGGAGACGGAUUACUUAUGAAGAAUUAAAGUUAAUAAAUAAUUUAUUGAAAGUGUAAAAAAAAAGUAAAUAAAAUAAUUCAAGAUAUUUUAUACAAAUGGAUCAACGAGAUACAAUUCCAAACGGAUGGAAAUAUAAACCAAGUUGUCAUUGGCACCCUGACGUUGGUCUUAAUAAAUAAAUCACAAUUAAUAUAUUUGUGAAUAAAUAAUAAUUGUAGUAAACAAAUUUAAAAAGAGAAAGGACAUUAAUUUAAAAAGAUAAAGAUAAGAGACAGAGAGAGAAUACGGAUUUCUGUGGUUGCUAGUCGUUGAAAGUGACAGGUCUUUUUAAUAAUUUGUACCUGUCCAUCGACGUCAAUGCCACCGCCACUGCUGUCUUUGUUCCCGCAUAUUUGAAGAUUUAUAGAUUUACUUUGCGAAUUUAGUCAAUAAAGUAGUAAAUUUUUAUUAUUUUUUUUUUUUACUCACUGGUAAUCAGUACUACCAGAUAUUUUUUAGUUUUAAACUUGAAGAGGCAGCAGUGCUGGUUUACUUUGAUGUAAAAUCCACACGCAGUCUUCAUAUUUUUUUUUUUUUUAUUUUUGUAAACAAAGUAGUCUUCCGCUGUGUGGACUAACUUCCAGUGAAUUAAAGUGAUUGUUAAUGAUCUCUUACUUCCUCCGUACUUGUGAUAGUGGUAAUAAUUUAUAUGGAUUAUUACAGUAAAGACAUUUAUUGGAUAACUGUGAAAAUUCGUGCUAGUGUUUAAACAAAGUGACUCGUGAGUGUUUAAAAAUUUUAUCGGAGUUUAAAAAAAAAUUGAGUGAAAUUUAAAUUUUAAAAAAGUAUAAUUGUCAAAGUUGUUGAAUUAUUGAACGAUAAUUGUUUUUAAAACUUCUUCAAAACGGAGGGAAAUUCAAGAAAAGGAUCUCAUGUAGCGCUCGUUCCUACUCAUGAAAGGAAGAGACAUACAUCUGUUUUUACUACUGAAAAUGCGGGACCGAAUAUUGGAGAAUUACAAAACCCAUUGGGGUUUAAAAUGAAUGCAACUACUGGCGGCAUCACGAAAAAAAGAAAGAAAUCAGAUGCCAAGCCUCAGUCACAAAUUAAUAAGUGCCUUAAUGAAAAGCGACGACGCUUUCAAGAGAACGAGUUCAUCGAGGAGCUUGCCGUACUGAUUUCCUCUACGGACAUGAGCUCUGGCAAGACGGAUAAGUGUCAAAUUCUUCAAAGAACAGUUGAUCAGAUUCAGCAUUUACAGAGACAAGAAGGCAAUAAUAGUCAUGCAGUUCAACAGGGCGAAGUCUCCUCCUCGAAUCCUAAUAUAUUAUCUAAUGAUCAAGUUGGACCCAUUUUACUCGAGGCUUUGGACGGUUUUCUAUUCGUCGUGAACACGGAGGGUCGCGUGGAAUUUGUAACAGACAAUAUACAACAGUAUAUAAAUUACACCAAGGAAGAUGUGCUCGGGAAGGAUAUUUAUAAUAUUAUUCAUCACGGUGAUCAUCAAGCCUUUAUGCCCAGCUUAAUGCCCAUGUCAAUAGGAUGGACGAGCGAGCCUCAAGUACAGUCAAGAAACCGAACAUUUAACUGUCGUUUUUUAGUUAAGCCACCAGAUGAUCAAGAAGAAUCUAUUGAAGAAAAACAGCAACGUAUAUCUAAAUAUGAAUCGAUGCAAAUAUGCUCUGCUAUACUUCCAAAUACAAAUGAUCAUUUAGAUAAUAAUGAUGUUACAUCAGAAUCAUCUGAUAUCGGUCCAUGCGUAAUGUGCGUUGCACGUAGAAUUUCAUACGUCGAAAAACCCUCAAACGCUGCUUCAAUACAGCAGUUUACACUUAAAUUGGAUACUACUGGACGUAUUAUUAAUGUUGAUACCAGUUGGCUUUCAUCCUCUUAUACUCAGUACAUAAAAAAGGAGGAGCUCAUUGGAACUAACGUACAAGAUUUGUGUCACCCGAACGAUCUUAGCAAAUUUACUGUACAUUUAAAGGACACACUUCAACGUGGUGAAGGUGAAACUUCUAUGUACCAGCUGCGUGUCGGCCCGGAAACGUUCGUAAACGUUCAAACAAAAUCGAAAAUAUUUGGAGCAAACCCUUCGAAUAUAAACGAAACUGAUUUCAUUAUGUCUACUUAUUCUAUUAUUGGAGACAAUGACUUAACGCCUAACGAGGGUGGUCAGCUUUCCAAUAGCAAAGUGUGCUCAGGACACUCUAGUAAUCAUUGUGCAAAUAAUAGUAGUAAUAAUAACGGUAAUAAUAACAAUAAUGUGGGUGGUCCAUUAAUGUCCGUGGCUCAUGUGAACGGUCAAGUGAGUGGUAUGAGCGCUCGUACGACAAAUAAUCAAAGUGUUCCCUUUGGUACAACGACGACAACAACAGCAACAACAACUACGACAACAACAAGUGAUUCUUGUAAUCCACUCGGGCCUGCAACAACAAACAAUCCAUUUAAUCAUUUUUCAAAUGUGGAUUUGGAACUUGAAUUUUUUCCAAAUUCCUCAUGGGAAUUGGAUAGCAGCAGUGGUUGUGCUGAUAAUAUUAGGCCCGAGUCAAGAAAUACUGGCCCGUCAAACUCACGACCACCUUCCCAGCCAGCCCCAUCAUCAAGUCCUCAAGCAGCGUUCACCUCAAACUCCACGGUGACGUCGCACUGCAGUCCUUUAAGAGCUUACAGCCCAACAACAAUGAUUGCCGUACACUCCUUCAGUAAUUCCUUUCCCUUCAGUCCUCUUCAGGAUUCUCCAACGUCUUUGCUCAGCGUACCAGGUGUCACUGCUAACGGCGGCAAUUCCAGUGCCAGCGCCAGUACUAGCGCAGGUCCUGUUUCCGGAACAUCAAUCGGCAAAGAUGUCAGAGGAUGUUCAACGCCAAGUAGUCAUGGUAUUGAAUCUAUCGGAUCAACAGCAACUACAUCGUCUAUCGGCGGUGCGUCAACGUCGUCAACACUGUCACCAACAGGAUCAACGACAAUUACCUCAAUGACGUCUGUGACUGGUACCUCACCUGGUUCAUCGGCGUCGACGACUAUCAUGUCGUCUCUAACGGGCACGAUGAGUGUUACUCAAUCAAUCCCAUCAACUACGACAGCCAGCAGUUCAAAUGCUGCUACACCUGUGUCAAUGUCUGCUUCAAAUAUUGGCGUAAAUACACCGAGUAAUUUAAUGACAUCCGCCGAGUCUCAAAGUAGUUUAAGUUCAUCUGGUGACUCCGGUAGACUUAGGAAUUUAUUAACCAGAAAUCAUGUUAGCAAUGAUGAUACUCAGGACAGCAGCAACAAUGACUCGGAAAACCAAAAUGAUCAUAGGAUAUUGAAAAUAUUAUUAAAUCAACAAGAUGAGGAUGAUUAUCAUUCGGAGCACAGUGCUAAGGUGAGAUCAAACACUGGGAUUGCACCGAAACCCGCUGCUGAGCAUUCAAAAUCACUUGGAAACAAUAUGCUGCUGCAGCUGCUGAAUGAAAAAAAUGAUGAAGAUGACGAAACACGAGCAGGUUCGAAGAAACAAAAUGAACUUCUUCAGCAACUACUGAAGGAAUCAGAUGACGAACGAAAAAUGCAGCAAGAGCAGAAGAGUCGUGAUGAUGAUUCAUUGCUGAGAAGUCUUGGGUUCAAAUCAUCCGCUCCAUCGUCAUCUCAAUCAAAUGACCACGGCCACGGUAGUGCAUCGCAAGCUGGUGGCCUAAAGAGGCCUUGUGAAGACGGGGAUUUACAUAUGUCUGCUAAAAGAUCAAUGGAUAAUUCCCAUCAAGUAUCUUCAUCGGGCAGCAGUCGCGCUACGAAUCACGCGACAAGUAAGCUAUGGGAGAAAAACAAAAUGUUGGCGUCUCUCCUGGCAAAAGAGCCUUCUCAGCCAACUACUAUCCCACCAAUCCCUGCAUCUGUGAUAUCGGCAACUCCACAGGAUAAAUUGCCACGCGUUGCCGACCGAUUAAAGCAACAACAGCAGCAACAGCCAUGGACGGGAAGUGGAAUGCAAUCUGUUGGAAGUACUGCAACCACUACUGUUGCUACCUCGGCUCGUACACCCCUUCAAAAUCAAUCGAGACAUCUACCUCGCCAACCAACCAAUAUCUACCUCAAUCAAAUGCUAAGUCACGAGAGACCUCAAAUGAGUCCAAUGGAUUCAGAAUUUACUGGCGGAGGAGGAGGUGGUGGUAGUAGUGGAGGCGGGGGAGAUUUUCGUACACCGGUUUCCGAAUCAAACACGUGGGAUAAUCAGUCAUCAGAUCCAGCUCUAUCAGAGUUAUUAGAUCAAGUGAUUGAAUUCGUACCAGACGAAGCAAUAGUAGACCCGACGACAGCAGCUAAUUUAUUAGCUCCUGUUGAGCAGCCACCAAAUAAUCCAAUGAAUGAAAAAAUGGCUAUUAACGCUAUACAAGAAUCAUUGAUGCUCUGCGAAUCUGCUGUUAAUCCCACGUCUUCCACAAUAACAAUGCCUUCAACUCCACCAGCUUAUUCUUCCGCAUUGGGUAGUGGAACAUCCGUUACAACAGCUCAUAAUUAUCAACCCCCGCCUAUGUACCAGCAGCAACAGCAAACGAGAGCGAGGUUUACUGGCCAGGCUGGAGUACGACAACCAGCAACGCAAUUUACUCCCCAACAGCAGCAGCAACAGCAACUGCAGUUGCAACACCGACAUAAGUUGAUACAACAGCACCAGCAUCAGCAACGUCAAGAGCAACAACGACACGAACAGCAACUGAAAAAUCGUUUGUUACAACAGCAACAGCAGCAGCAAGUUGUUAUACCCUCAAAUGCUACGGCACCUGAUCAAAUACCAGGCAUUCAAAACAUUGAUAAUCUGUUGAAUAAUGCUGUUGCUCCAAAUGUUUCGCUACAGCGAACUGGUGUAUCCGAUUCACAAAUGUCGCCAGGCUAUGGAGGCUCCGUCCAAUUAUCUAAUACACAUAGAAUUUCACAUUCUUAUUCUCAUCAAUCAACAAUAAAUCAACAUGCGGUAAAUAACAAUUUCAAUAGUGGUCAACCGAUUUCAGCAGCAUCUCGGUUAUCUCCACAUUCUCCGGCUACAAUGAUGACGUUUUCUCAUCAUCAGUCUCUAUCCCCGCGCAUAUCGCAGGGCAAUUACGGUAAUAAUCAAAGAAUGUUCAAUGUAAAUUCCGUAAGACCACAACAACAGCAGCAACAACAGCAGCCGAAUGCAACACAACAGCAGCUUCAGCAGCAACGAUCCAUGCCAUCGCCUGGCACCGCAGUUCCGGCGCGGCAAUCUCCAUUUCCUGCCGAAGCAUUUCCUCCUCCCGCAUCUCCAACCGCUAGCCAAUUCCCGCCAGUUCCAAAUCCCGGUAAUACAAAUCCUACCGCCCAAUACCGACUUCAGCGAGCAUCAUCAACACCCACCACUACAACACAAUUACCAGGUGGAGUAGUAUCACCUCGGCACUACGGUAGUGUAAAUAAAGAUCAGCAGAGUUUAAUGUCACCUGGUCAUCAGCGUGCUGGUUGUCCUCCCCCACCAACGCUGACGCAUAAUCACCAGCACAGUAUGACGAAUAACCAACAGCAGCAUUAUACAAACCAACAACAACAGCAGCAGCAACAACAACAACAGCAACAGCAACAACAGCAACAGCAACAUAACGCCAUGUUAUAUCGCAACACCGGCAAUAGUAUUGUUAAUAACCCGGAUGUACAGAAUAAUCAGUUCUGUUACGAUCAGGGUACGGUACCUGGGUAUCCAACGAGACCUGAGGACACCAGGUCAAUGUCUUCUAGUAAUCCGGCCGGUCAUCAAAUGGGUGGUAACACCGCUGGUCUCGGUAGCACAAGGUCGGAAUUUGUGAGACAAGAAUUAAGAGCGGUAGUGGGCGCAAGAACACAACAGAGAGUACCAAACAACAUUCAAAGUAAUGUUAUUGAACACAGUAAUGUAAUGGAACAUGCUCAUAAUAAUGUAAUAGGACAAGUAUCGCAGGAUGAUCUCGACGUACUAGGAUUAUCUGCUUACGAAACAUCAACAUGUGGUGAGGCUGUGGUUAACGAUGGCCCUGCUAAGAACUGGGCCACUGGAAAUACCGGAAAUACGCCCUUCUCCUCCAGGACUACUAUUGAAGAAGUCCGAGUUGAUCCAAAGUCGUCACUACUCCAGAAAUUAUUAUCUGAGUGACUGCUACGUAACAAAAUAUAUGUAAUAUAUAUUAAAAUAAGAGUAAUAUAAUAUACGCCAAUCACUCCUGCGUCUGUACACAUUCUUUAUGUAAAGAUAUAUUAUUAUUAUUAUUAUUAUGAUAUUGUAUUAUAUGUAAAACAUUGUAACUCUUGAAAACAAAAAAAACAACAGUAUGAAAACGCGUUUUUACCAAAUGCUCUAUCAAUCGGUACUUUGCCUCGAGUUCUAUCAUACCUAUAAUUCAAUAGUCAUCGCUAAUAAAUAAAUAAAUAUAUACAUAUAUAUAUUUACUCUUGACUCUAAACGGCGACAAUUAAUAAUUAUUUAUAAUUAAAUGUUAUUUGUUUUGUUUAAAUAUAUUUUUAUAAAUAUCGUUUUCGUCUCGUAAUUAAAAAAUAAAAUAUAUCUUUUUAAUAAAAAAAAUAAUUAAUAAAAUUUUAUUUACUCUUAACUAUUUCGACUAAAAUAAUUUAAAAAAUUAUUUAUUACUUUAAUAAUUACUGUUAAUAAUUAAUUUUAAUAACAAUAUUAAUAAUAAUAAUUAAUAGUAAUUAAAAAAUAGCUCAAUGAUAAAUAAAUACCGAUUGAUAUGGCGUUUAGUUUAUUUAUAAAUGAAAAUAAAACUACGUAGGUACCUCACCGGUAUGAACUAUACCACUGGCUGUUAAAAAAAUAAUAAAUAAUAAUAAAAUAAAAUUAUUUAUAAGUUUUAUUAAUUAUUAUUAAUUAUAUUAGUGAGACCAUUUUAUUAUUGUAUACAACUACAAACAAACUAAGAAAAUUUAAUUUUAAAAUUUAUUGUAUACAAGAAUAAAAAAAUCGCGUUUUUUUUUUUUCUUAAUUUAACAUCUACUUAUUCUAUUAUUAUUAUUAUUAAUAUAUUUGUGAUUAUAAGAAUCUGCAACCAAAAUGUGACAAAGAAUUCUUGUUGUUGUUAAUAAUGAUUAUUAUUAUUAUUAUUAUUAAUAUUAUAACUAUUUUAUUAUUUUAUUACUAUUGACAUCAUUAUUAUCAAUAUUUCUUGUUGCAAUUAUUAUAUAAUUAAUCUAAUUACUAUCAGUUUAUUAUUAAUUAUUAAUUAAUUAUAAUUACAUUUAUUAUUAAUUAUUAUUAUUAUGAUUGAGUAUAUUAUAUUAUUACCAUUAUAUAGAUAUUAAUAGUAUUGAGUACAGUGUCUACGCGUAUUUUAAAUCCAAUUUUAAGGGUACCUUCAAAUAUUUAAAAAAAAAAACAAAAAAAAAAAUUAAAUACAAAUAAUUGCAUUAAAAUAAACGUACGUAUGUUAUCACAUAUGUAUUAAUGUGUGCACUCAAUGUAAUAUAUACAAAAAUAUAUAAAUAUAUAUAUGUAUAUGCAUGUGUGCGUGUGCGCGCGUGUGUGGGUACGAAAGAACACAAUUAUAAUAUAAUAUAUUAAAUAAAUAAACGAUCAUCUAUUUUGCAUAGUCUCAAAUUUCUCUUUAAAAUCUCUUAUGGCACUGAAUUAUUGCUAAUUAAGGGGUCACUUGUUAAUAUUAAUUAAUGAAUUAAUUAAAUAAUAAAACAAAACAAAAUUAAGUAAAUUUAUUUAAUUAAAAUACAUAAGAAGAACAAAUAUAAAUUUCAUCGUACAUACGAUAUAUAUUUAUGUAAUUUAUAUAAAUAUAUAUGUAUCUAAAAUUUAAAUUUAAAUAAAAAUAUAUAUAUAUAUAUUAUUAUAUAAAAAAUAAAAAUGAAAAAUAAAGUCUGUAUGCGCGUACAAAUAUGCAUGCAUAUUUUAAAAAAAAUUAAUUUAAUAAAGAAAUCUCACGCAAGUGUCCUAUUUUUCCAUAGAGUCGACAUUUGUCAUUAAAAAAAUACUACGUCGCGAGAUUAAACAUUAACAGUAAAAAACAAAAAUAAUAAUAAUGAUAAAUUACUAGGAGAGAUUAAAGAAAAAUAAAAUGAAUGAAUGAAUGAACAAUAAUUGAAAUUAUAUUGGAUUUUAUUUAUCAUUAACUAUUGUGGCAAUUUUAUAAUCAUAUAUUAUAUAUAUUAUGUAUAAUAAUUACUAUUGUAGACAGCCUAUUGAUUCUUGUUAUCGUUAUCUUUUUUUAAUUAUAACAAUAUGAGGUUUUAUUAAAUGAUAAUUAUACGGUUGUCUUUUAAAAAAAAGUUUUAUGAAAAAAAAAAAAAGAAACGAAAUUUUGUUGUAUUUUUAAAUUUCAAAAUUAUAAAAAUUGAAAUGUAUUUUAAAUAUUUAAAAAAAAGAAGACAAGAAAUCUUUGAAAUAAAAAUAUUGUUCUGUUGUAAAAAAUACAUGGAUUGGAAUUUAAAAAGAUAAAUAAAAUAAAAUAUUAUUAUUGUCUACAAAAUCAAAUUUGGAACAAAAAAUAAAAUAUGAUGAGGUAGAGAGUGAUAGGAAAAUUUAAGAGUAAGAAUGUAAGGGAGAGAAAGAUAAAGAGAAGUAACUAAUAAUUACUCUUUGGAAAUACACAUAAGUGAGAUACUCUAAUUAUAUUUAUAUAUAUAAAUAUAUAUGCGCGGACAUACGUGUACAUUUUUAUUUGUUUCAAUAGUUGUAUGUCUGUAAAAGAAAAAUAUAAAAUACGAAGGAGUACAUACAUGUGUGUCCCGUAUAUCGUGGAUACGUACGUGCGUGUGAUCUGUGUGUAUAAAGUGAAUUUAAAAUACGUCAUAUAGAUAAAUCAUAUGUGCUUUCUAAUGAUGAAUAAUUAUUUCUAACUGCGGCAGUCGAGCCGUAUGAAUAA